CAGUCUGGGAGCCGGGGCGCGGGCCAGCGGGCGGGAUGCCUGCGUUGACGCUGCCUCCCUUGAGUAACGUUACAAUGGAUUUGCUGCUGCUGACAUCACCGGCCAGAUUGGAAUCUGGGUGACAGGCCCAGGGCCUGGCUCAGAGGUCUCGGAAAACCAUGGCUGCUCCCAAGGGAACAGCCAUCGGCAUCGACCUGGGCACCACUUACUCGUGCGUGGGCGUGUUCCAGCACGGCAAGGUGGAGAUCAUCGCCAAUGACCAGGGCAACCGCACCACCCCCAGCUACGUGGCCUUCACCGACACCGAGCGCCUGAUCGGCGACGCGGCCAAGAACCAGGUGGCCAUGAAUCCCCAGAACACUGUCUUUGAUGCCAAGCGUUUGAUUGGAAGGAAAUUUAAUGACCCUGUGGUGCAAUCCGAUAUGAAACUUUGGCCUUUUCAGGUAAUCAACGAUGGGGGGAAGCCCAAGGUCAUGGUUUCCUACAAAGGAGAGAAAAAGGCUUUCUAUCCUGAGGAAAUCUCCUCUAUGGUGCUGACCAAGAUGAAGGAGACGGCCGAGGCUUUCUUGGGUCACUCGGUCACCAAUGCUGUGAUCACCGUGCCCGCUUACUUCAACGACUCGCAGCGCCAGGCCACCAAGGACGCAGGUGUGAUCGCAGGACUCAAUGUACUAAGAAUCAUCAAUGAGCCCACAGCCGCGGCCAUCGCCUAUGGGUUGGACAAAGCAGGUCAGGGAGAGCGACAUGUCCUGAUCUUUGACCUGGGCGGGGGCACGUUCGACGUGUCCAUCCUGACCAUCGACGAGGGCAUCUUCGAGGUGAAGGCCACGGCCGGCGACACCCACCUGGGCGGGGAGGACUUCGACAACCGGCUGGUGAGCCACUUCGUGGAGGAGUUCAAGAGGAAGCACAAGAAGGACAUCGGCCAGAACAAGCGCGCCGUGAGGCGGCUGCGCACCGCCUGUGAGAGGGCCAAGCGCACCCUGUCGUCCAGCACCCAGGCCAACCUGGAGAUCGACUCCCUGUUCGAGGGCAUCGACUUCUACACGUCCAUCACCAGGGCUCGGUUUGAAGAGUUGUGUGCAGACCUGUUCCGCGGCACGCUGGAGCCGGUGGAGAAGGCUCUGCGCGACGCCAAGAUGGACAAGGCUAAAAUUCAUGAUAUUGUUUUGGUCGGGGGCUCCACUCGCAUCCCCAAGGUGCAGAAGCUGUUGCAGGAUUAUUUUAACGGCCGUGAUCUCAACAAGAGUAUCAACCCCGAUGAGGCAGUGGCCUAUGGAGCUGCAGUACAGGCAGCCAUUUUGAUGGGUGAUAAGUCUGAAAAGGUACAGGACCUGCUUUUGUUGGACGUGGCUCCCCUGUCCCUAGGUUUAGAGACGGCUGGGGGUGUGAUGACCGUCCUGAUCAAGCGCAACUCCACCAUCCCCACCAAGCAGACACAGAUCUUUACCACCUACUCGGACAACCAGCCCGGGGUGCUGAUCCAGGUGUAUGAGGGCGAGAGGGCCAUGACGCGGGACAACAACCUACUGGGCCGCUUUGACCUGACUGGAAUCCCGCCCGCCCCCAGGGGCAUGCCCCAGAUCGAGGUGACCUUCGACAUCGACGCCAAUGGCAUCCUGAACGUCACGGCCACGGACAAGAGCACAGGCAAGGCCAACAAGAUCACCAUCACCAACGACAAGGGCCGCCUGAGCAAGGAGGAGAUCGAGCGCAUGGUGCAGGAGGCCGAGAAGUAUAAAGCUGAGGAUGAGGUCCAGAGGGACAAAAUUUCUGCCAAAAAUGCUCUCGAAUCCUAUGCUUUUAACAUGAAGAGUGCUGUGAGUGACGAAGGCUUGAAGGGCAAGAUUAGUGAGUCUGAUAAAAAGAAUAUUCUAGAAAAGUGCAAUGAGAUCCUUUCAUGGCUGGAGGCCAAUCAACUGGCUGACAAAGAUGAGUUUGAACACAAGAGAAAAGAAUUGGAGAAGGUGUGCAGCCCAGUCAUUACAAAACUCUACCAGAGCGGAUGCGCGGGACCUGCCUGCGGAACGGGGUAUCCAUCAGGAAGGCCUGCUGCAGGCCCCACCAUUGAAGAAGUAGAUUAAUUUCACCUGGAAUGGAAAGGUUCUAGGGUGCCUGUAAGUUAAAUUUGGUUCCCCUCAUCUUCAAAUGUUAUGAUUCUUGCAUUGACCGAACCUGGACCUAAGUAUCGUGCUUUCCAGAUUCUGACGGAGGAGUUCUGUACGCCAUCUUUCCAAAUGAAGGUCCUUUUAUUCUGAUGAUGGAACUUUUAGCAAGACUAGGCGCCUUUCUGAACCAUUUGAAUGUGUUAUUUAUUUCUGCCUAGCCCCAACUGUCUUCUUCCUGUGUGGAUGGCCGUCACUCAUUAAAUUUGUUCCUAAAGCAAA